AUGUCAGAAAAUAUUGUAACCAAUUUUCCUUGUUUCACAUUUCCACUACAAUCAUUUAUUGAAGCAAAAGUUUCAUUUAAUAAACGAAGUAGCACUCAUAAACUACAUUUGCCAGCUCCUUCUCCAAAGUGUUUAUGGAAUAUACCAGCACCAGAUUUCAGUUUAUACAGGUGGGAACCGAAUCCCCCUAAGAGAAACAGUCGUCAAUCGAUAAAACCUGAAAGAAUUAAAACUGUGAAACAGGAAAACGACAGUGUUGACAAUAAGAUUAUGGAAUCAACUGGGGAACACGAUAGAGAGACAAUUCCUAGAUUAAAAUUUGUCAGAUCUAUGAGACCUUACACAGCUAAGAUUUUAUUUGUCAAAUGUGGGUCCUUUAAACCAGGUCCGUACAUAAUGCCUAAACCACAUGACCAUCGAGGAUUGACACCUACGAAUGAAAGUAAACAUCCGAAGUUUAUCACAACAUAUGAAAAAGAUCCGAUGAAUCUCAAUUUCCUAAAGAAGACAAGACAACAAAUAUGGGGAACUAACUGUGAAAACACAGUAGUACGAAAACUGCCGAGCUCAUUCCUGAAGCCAUUAAAACAAGAUAAAGAAUGGGAAAAAGAACUGUACCUACCAAAAGAUCCAUACCCAAACAGAGAGAGAUGUUUUACAAGACAUCGACUUCAGUUUCGUGAUCCACAUGAAGUUUUCUUAGAUAAAGUUGCUACUAAAUUGGAAGUAUUGUGGAGGGAUCGAGACGAUAGAAUCCAUCUCUCUAGAAGAAAUACAUUUGGAUAA